AUGUCGAGCCUUCACAGUAACGGCGUCAUUACUGGAUACUUCAACGGUUACUGUCUGCUUUGCGAGGUGCAUAUUACUAAAGAGAAGACAGAGUCGCAUAUCUUGGAGGAGGGGCAUAAGGAGAAGUUCGAACGAUCUAGCUAUGUUAAGAAAUAUCAGUCAGAUCAUAUCCGAAAGGUGAACGUGGGGUACUAUUGCGAAUUCUGCAAUAUUCUUGUACCAACGAUGGCUCAUGUGGAGUUGCAUGUAUCAUCUGAGAACCACGAGAGGCGUAAAGGAAUCAUGCUCCUGAAAGAAGUGAACGAAGGAGUAAUUGCUUAUCGUGAGGUGCUUAUUGGAAAAAAGGCGUGGCACGGUUUAGUGGGGGAUACAUGCAUGCUCUGUAAUGUCGAAUACACAGAUGAAAGUCAACACUUAGAGAAUUCUGCACACAUCCUACAGCUAAUUCAACAAGAGGUGGUUUUGAAGAAUCCAAAGAUUGUAUAUAGAGACGUUAACGGUACUAUUCAUUGUUUGAUAUGUAACAUAAACAUAGAGAGUAUAAAGAUGAAAAACCACUUUGAAAGUGAGGACCACUUGGGAUAUUACCGGCAAAGAUGCGAAGAGAAAAAUACUUUAGAAAAGCAAGUUGCGUCGAUUGUUAACCCUGAAAUCGGUAAAGAGCAAAACACGCAAAUUAUUGAGAAUGUUAUCGAAAAACCUGAAGAAAGGUCUUCAUCGAAGGAUAAAGAUGAGGCUGAGGAUGAGCAAAAUACUAGAAAAGAGAAUAAUCAGAAACCUGAAGAAAUUGCAAUAGAAGAAUCAGAGGAAGUGGUUAAACAUAAGGGUCCAGGGGGAAAUGAUACAGAACUGGUUCACCCAUUUGCAGCGAUUGAGAAAGCGAGAUCGCUCUGUAAGCAGAACCAUAUAAAUUACAAACCGGGUAAGCAAAGCGCCUAUUGCAAGAUUUGCAACGUUACAAUAUCUUCAUCCAUUAAAAUGAUAAAGGAUCAUAUAGAAGAAGAGAAACACAUGGAAAAACUGAAAAUGGAAAAGAAGAAAAUUACAGCACAACCCAGAAAUGAAUUACUGAAGGUCCCAAUGUGUUUAUUUAUUGAUACUUUCAAUGAAUUCCAAAAACCGCACGAGCCGAUACCUAGAUUCGUUGCGAUUAACAGAAAAAUUUUAGUGUCGUAUUUAAGCUUUCUUUUCAUGACAUUCAAUGGCACAGUGAUCAGGUGUCAGGCGUGUGAAGUGAACGUGCAAUUUCGCGGAAUAGAAUUACACGUUGGCACACCGACACAUAUGAAAGCAAUGAUAAAAACUGAUGUCGUAUUUGUUGGUGUAAACGAAUUUGUUAGAGAGGUACGAGCCGGACACUAUCAUUGCGGUUACUGUAACUUGGUACUGGGAAACAUCCAAGAUUUGUACUCGCAUUUGUCGUCGCAAAAUCACAAGUCUACUAAGGAGGCAAAGAUGGGCGAACUCUUUUUGUUAUUUUCAUUAAACGAAUAA